AAACUGGCGGCUCUCAGCCCUGGCUCCGCGCCCCCUGCAGCAAUGGCCUGGAACACCAAUCUCCGCUGGCGGCUGCCGCUCACCUGCCUCCUCCUGCAGGUGAUUAUGGUGAUCCUCUUCGGCGUGUUUGUGCGCUACGACCCGGAUGCGGACGCCCACUGGAUUGAGGAGAGGUUGGGCAGGAACAUCUCCAGCGACAUGGACAACGAAUUCUACUAUCGCUACCCCAGCUUCCAGGACGUGCACGUGAUGAUCUUCGUGGGCUUCGGCUUCCUCAUGACCUUCCUUCAGCGCUACGGCUUCAGCUCUGUGGGCUUCAACUUCCUGCUGGCGGCCUUUGGCAUCCAGUGGGCGCUACUUAUGCAGGGUUGGCUGCACUCCUUUCACAGCGGCUACAUUGUCCUGGGCGUGGAGAACCUCAUCAACGCGGACUUCUGCGUGGGCUCUGUCUGUGUGGCCUUUGGGGCGGUCCUGGGCAAAGUCAGCCCUGUUCAGCUCCUCAUCAUGACCCUCUUCCAAGUGACCCUCUUCUCAGUGAAUGAGUUCAUUCUUCUCAACCUGCUGGAGGUGAAGGAUGCAGGGGGCUCCAUGACCAUCCACACAUUCGGCGCCUACUUUGGGCUCACAGUGACCUGGAUCCUCUACCGACCCAACCUGUACCAGAGCAAGGAGAGGCAAAGUUCUGUGUACCACUCGGACCUCUUUGCCAUGAUCGGCACCCUCUUCCUGUGGAUGUACUGGCCCAGCUUCAACUCAGCUGUGUCCCAUCACGGCGAUGCCCAACAUCGAGCUGCCAUCAACACCUACUGUUCCUUGGCAGCCUGUGUGCUCACUUCGGUGGCGCUGUCCAGUGCUCUGCAUAAGAAAGGCAAGCUGGACAUGGUGCACAUCCAGAAUGCCACGCUCGCGGGAGGGGUGGCCGUGGGCACGGCCGCCGAGAUGAUGCUCAUGCCUUAUGGCUCCCUCAUCGUUGGCUUCAUCUGCGGCAUCAUCUCCACCCUGGGCUUUGUGUACCUGACGCCCUUCCUGGAGUCCCGGCUGCGGAUCCAGGACACAUGUGGCAUUCACAACCUACACGGCAUGCCCGGCAUCAUAGGCGGCAUCGUGGGGGCCGUAACAGCGGCCUCUGCGAACACUCAGCAGUAUGGGCAGAAGGGGCUUGCCCAUGCCUUUGACAUUGAUGCUACCAAGACAACUUGGACAGCAAGCAUGCAGGGCAGUUUCCAGGCUGCCGGCCUUUUUGUGUCACUGGCCAUGGCCCUGGUGGGCGGCCUCAUCGUAGGGGUCAUUUUGAAAUUACCCUUCUGGGGACAACCUGCUGAUGAGAACUGCUUUGAGGAUGCCAUUUACUGGGAGAUCCCCGAGGACCAGAAGAGCCUCGUCUCCCGUUCUGAGGAUCCUACCCUCAGGCCCACGGAACCUUAAAAUCCCAGGGCAAGUGAGAAGCCGGUGAGGGUGAGCUCAGCUUAUUUGUGGGGGCCCAGCUCUGGGAAUCCGAGCUGGGGCAAAAACAUCAAAAAAUGAUGAUUUGAGUUUCCACCUCCUCUGCCUGGAGUGGAGCAGCAGGCUGGAGUUGGUGGGGAGGUACUCAGACUACGUGCCUCCUGGACAGACAGGAAUUUGUGAAAGGCGCUCUAGACUGAAGGAAUGUAUGGAAGGUGGCCUGCGUGUGUACUUGGCUUUGCUGCCUAUUGACUGAGUGACUUUGAGGGUCUUUCCAUCUGAGAGAUGGAGCCUUGAUUUCCUCAUUUAUAAAAGUGGAGAUGACACUUCUGCCCGGCUCUACUCCCUUGAUCGACUCAGGUUAGACCCAUUCUUCCUUCCUUCCCUGUCUCCUUCCUUUUUUCCACUAACUAACAUUUCCUUGCUCCCUCUGAGGACUGUGCCAAGCCCUGUCUCGUGCCUUUUGCUUCUCUAACCCUGCAGAGACCUCUACAGGAGGGGUGCAGUCACUUUACUCUUUUUAAUAGAUGAAGAAAUUAAGGCUCCGAGGGGUUCAGGCUCUUCAAAGUCACACAAAGGGCCAGUGGAAGAACUGGGCUCUUUCGUCACUGUCAUUGUUCUCAUAUCUGUUAUCUGACCUCCUUGGAGGCCACAGCUUGGAAGGAGCUGCAUCUGGGGCAAGAGGCUGAGUAAUGCGGCAGGAGAGGAUGUUGGGAUUUAACAGAGAAAACAAGGCUGUGGUCCAGAAAAGGAAAACUUACCUAAGGGGCCACAGCAGGACGUGACAGUCCACUGCUCUUGGCUCCCUCCCUGCAGGCUCCACAGACUCUCCUGGUGCUCCCUGAGGAAUCAGUGCUGACCAAGCCAGGAACCCAAGAGCAAGGCCAACGGUACCCUGCCUGAUGGCUUGAUCCAGGCCCCACCCUCACCCCCAUCCCAGGGGGCCUGCCUGAGAAUGGAGGAGGAGCUGUAGACAGAGUGGGCAUCCAAGCCAGGUUCUGGCUGCAGGAGACCUGCCACCGGGGGUGCCUGCAUCCUGAGUGGGGGCCAGGUACUAGAGGUGGACCCCUAGCCCUUCUAGGGGACAACACAGCUGCCAGCCACUGAGCUCCCUGGGCUCUCCCACUCCCUGCCAGUAACUUCCAUGCCCCCUGAGUCCUCCAGACCUCUCUGUGCCAUGCAAAUGGUGGCCUCCAUGAAUAAAGGUCCUCGGUGUUCUUUGUA